AUGAACACGUCGCGCGACCCGACCUCACGCCUACGUGCCACCCUCAAUCCGCUCCGGACCUCUUCACUGGGCGUCCUACAUGGGACAGCGAAUACUCCAUUGUCUGCUUUAUCCAUACCCUCUCAUGGCACCCUCUCGGUGAAUCAGACGCCACAAAGUGCCAUCCAGCCGUACAAUCCACAGCAAUGGGCUCCUUCACCUGCACCGUUGGACCGCGGCCACCACCACUUCCAGGACCUGCAGCCUCAACAAUCCCCCCCGCCUCCACCACCAUAUUCGCCGCCUCGGAGCCAACGACGGCCUGUGAGCGGAAUCUACGAGACUUCUUCGCCGGCCAACAUAUCUGCCGUCAGGGCACCUCUUCCCACUGGCCAACGACCAUCGCCAGAGCCGUUUUCCGGCCAGCAGAGCUUUGCACCACCUCCUGGCACCUCCCGAGGCGGCUCUCGUGAGAGACGGUUUGGCCUUCCGUCUUUUGGCCGUCGUCGCGACGCAACAGAGCAAGUGACAACCAUCCCGCCAUCUGAUAUGCACACUUUGACGCAUCACGCACAUAUCCCACCUCGGCCUCCACCGUCUCUGUCUCCACAACCACCACCGCCCCCAGUACUGCAACCCUUGCAGAUCCCCAAUGAUGCUAUCUACGGAGCGACAGUGCCUCCUGGAUCUCGCCGUGCUGCCUCGACAGGCGCCAUUGGAACCCCGACAUCAGCUCGUUCGCGCUCCUCGUCGCAAGUGCGCUGGGAAUCAGGAAUGCCCAUACCGCCACCGCCACCGGGGCCACCCCCAUCCGGUUCCCGAUCGCAGAGCAUGAACAGAGCAGUCAUGGAUCCUGAACGCGUCGCGUCACCUCCGACCCGUCGGCCACCACCUACUGGGGUGGCUUCUCUCGGCCCAAUUCCGCCCACGCCGGCAGGAUGGGUAGACCAGGAAGCUACGAGCACGCCUCGUGAGCCGGCCCAGGGACAUGGGGCAGAAGGCCCCAGGGCGCAGCCAGCAGGGCUGGAUUAUACACCCAACCGAAAUUCCCUCGGGGAGACAGCUUCAAGCGCCAACAGUUCAAGAGAGAUGUAUGAGUCUACCGCCUCGAGCAAUUCGAGCACCAGUUCGCCCAACGCCCCGCAUGCCGGCAACAACUUGGCCCGGAACGGUGCCGUGCGCGGCGAGAAGACGCUCCGGGAACGGCGAAAUGAAAGCCGAACACGAACAAGCACGCGGGGGUCGGUGGAUGAAUCGAGCAGCAGCCAGCGAAUGUCGGAUAUUGUGAUUCCCUCAGCCGACUCUAUCGGCAGCCUCGUGCGGCGUCCCACCAUAAACAAGUCGACUCCACGGAGCGGAGGUGGCCUAGGCAGCGGUCGACUAACUCAAUUUGACGGUACCCCCCGAACGGGCGAUACUCUCACGGGUGGCAGCAUCCCAGGAACGGCAACGCCACCCUUCUCACCGCACCCAAUGAAGAAGCGGCCGACGGUAUCGACGCCAGGUCUUUACGCGGCGGGCGAGUCUCCCAUGCAGCAUGCCCCCCCGACACCUCCGUCUCAGAGCCGCUCAGCCUCUAAGUCGACGACGCGGCUACAGAUCGACACGACAGUAGCUGGUGCCGAUGACCACUAUUCUGCGUCCCAACUGAUCUCGAAGGAAACGGCCGUGCGACAGACAGGCGGACAGUUUAGUCGGGGUACCGUGGAGCGCUUUCACCAGUUUGCGCAGAGGGAGGAGGCUGCCAGCUCCGAUGCCGAGCGCGUGAAGCUAUUUGCCGAGUUUGUGGUCAGCGAGUCGAGGAUCCGCCGGGAAAGGUAUGCUGCUGCCAUCGGGGUCAUGGGCUCUGAGAUUUUUGAUCUCACCAGAGAUCUGUUCCGGCCUAUGGUGGACAGACGGCAGUCGGUGGUCUCGCAGGGCAGCGGCGGUGCCAGUGCAGGUGUCAGCGCGGCGACCAGCGCUGUCGCAUUCACACCGCAAACUUCAGAACCGAGCGGCUCCAAGCGAGGCUCGAUGAACUCGGUGUUCCGCGACAGCCCGUCGUCAGCUCCGAUAACGCCUGGAUUCUCCAGCAUUGCGCUGGAAAAGGCACCAGUUUCAGCGGGUAUGGAGUCCAUCGGCAGUGUUGGGAGUAGUGGCCCGGCCAUGUCACCCACGGUUCCGCCUGCUGGGUGGCAGCAGUCGAACUACAUGCCCUCGCUCUCGCCGAUCCUCAGCAUGAGCGUCAGCGAGCACCACGAUGACAACAGCUCGCGAGGGCGGACGGCCAGCCGCUGGUGGGAGUCUAGCUCCUACGGGGGUGAUGGGGCUGGGCGACUGGAACGAUCGAAACGCGAGUCAAAGUACAUGGGAGUGCCAAAGGAAGCCCGCGAGGCCUUGCAGUGGACGGACAACCCAGAGCCUCUGAGCGGCAACAGUCUGCCCGGGCCUGCAGAUGAUGCCGGCCUGGGUAUUGGUGGAAGCAGCAGCAGUUACUACCGCGCAUACGAGAAUUCCAGCGAAUACCCGCUCGAGAAGAUCCCCGAGCCGCUACACACACCGCAGGCACAUGUGCUCAACGCGCAGACAUCGUCGCCGGCAUUGACGGCACCAAACACGCCUAGCGCCGCGCAGCUCGACGUGUCACGCCUGGUGACGCUACCACCACCGUACCCGCGCCACCACCCGGCUUUGAGCAACAACCACCCGGAGCUGUCGUCGAUCCGGUCAGCUGUUAGGAGUCUGUCGAGCUUGGCCGAGGUUGAGGGAGCCAAGGAACGGUUUUCACGCGAAAGCCAGACAGCGCGCGACGAGGCAGCACGGGCAGCAGAAAACCAGAGGCAGCUCAUGCGAGCAAACCUGCAGAAGGAGAUUGCAACCGGCCACAUGAGCUAUGCCGGGGCGGCAGCAGCAGAGGCAGAGGCGGCCGAAGGCGAAAAGGCACAGCAGAAGGCACUGAAUAAGGCAGAAUUUGACCGGUUUCAAACGACGGUGGUGAUGCCGGUCAACGAGCUGGUGACAGGGCGAGUGGCCAGGGCAACGAAACUGUUCGACGAGCUGCGCGGGCGGCUGUUUGUGGAGACGCACGAAUGGGACCCGAACCUGCCGCAAGAGGAAGGCGACGAGCAGCCGGAGCUGCUGGAGAAGCUGACGCUGCUAAAGUGGAUAUUCGAGGCGCGCGAGAUGCUGCACCGGGCCAACUACGACCUGCUGACGGACCGCAACGACCGGUACCGUGACAUGGUUUUGACGCCAUACCGACAGUCGGGCAACGAAGAGAAGCUGGCGGAGGCCGAGGCGUUUUUUGCAGACGACGUGGCCAAGCGGGAACACAUGUUCGCGGUGGAGAGUCUGCAGCGGAUGCAGGAAUUCCGCGACGUGAUCGAGGAGAACGUGUUGCGCGGGGUGGAGGCCCAGCUGUCCGCGUUCUGGGAUAUUGCGCCGCCGCUGGGACAGCUGCUGGAGCAGAUUCCGGGCGACCUGCACGGGUUUGCGAUCCGGGUACCAGCAGCCGAAUACGACGAGACGCCGAGCUACCGAAAACACCCGCUGCAAUACCUCUUCUCGCUGCUGCUGCACGCAGAGAAGAGCACGCACCAAUUCAUCGAGUCACAGACAAACCUGCUCUGCCUGCUCCACGAGGUCAAGGAGGCGACGGUGGCGGCCAAGGCGCGCGUGGCUGAGCCCGAAGGUGUGCAAAAUGCAAAACAAGAGCGGGCUCGUCUGACGGAGGACCUGCAGGACAAAGUGCGCGUGGUGCAGGACCAAUGGCGCGCUGGUCUGGGCGACAGCAUCGUCCUGGUCAAGGAGCGGGUCGGCGGCUGGCUGCUGGAGACGGGCGGCUGGGACGAGAGUCUAGAGGAUGGAGGGAUAGGAAGUGUGUGA